GGGUUAGAGUUCCCCAGAUAUUUUGGGGUCAGAUUUCUUUACAUAAUUUUAUUUACUUUAAUUUAAAUAUGUAAUUAGGAGUCAGAGUUACUCUAUUAUUUACAUAGUUUUGGUUAUAGGAGUUAUUCAAUUCAGGGAUUUUGUGGGGAGUUAAACUAUAGACAUUUGGUAAAAGAUUUUCAUCAUAUAUAGAGUACAGCUGUUAGCUAGGUACUCAGAUGUUGUCAAUUAGACUCUCUGUCAUUGUGCCAUAAUGUGUCUAACCUGUAUUGGAUAACUAUUUUGUCUUCACUUAGGAAUCAGUAUUCCCCAUUCUAUUAAAAAAAUUGCAAGUUCACAAUCUCACAGCUGGCAUUCAUAUACUUGAAAUAUGUAUUGCCAUUAUCGUUGUGAGAUGAACCUAAAUCUGUAGAGUUUUGUUUUUUAAUAAUUAUCUCUUCUUCAGAAGCAAUGCCACCAAAGAAAAGAAGCAAAAAAGGGGAACUCACAGCAGAUGAGCAGCCCAAUUCCUCCAGCACAGGGAGAAAGCGAAAGCGAGGGACUCCCACUCAACAGACAGAGAAUGUGAUGCCGAGUGCUCUGCCAACCAUUGACUACACACUACUGGCAAAACACAUAUUAACUGAACAACAGAAAUUAACAUCCAGUGAGAAUGGACUUGCUGAGGCAACCGUGAGCCAACAUGGGGAGGCAUCCACAUCGGUUAUCCAAAACAAGGAGCCACAGUCCAGCAGUGAGCUAGUUAACCCUGCAGCAACUACGAGUGUUACAGAUGGUACCCCACAAGCUAGUGCCAUGGUCCCAGCCUCUGCACUUGGUGCACUUCUGGACAAUGUUUUUACAGGUGAGCCAGCAGGCAGUAAUUCUGACACUAAUCCACAAAUUCAAUUAACAGAUUGCGUGCCUCUUGGGGCUACAGUUUCAUCCAAAUUAAAACUUAAAAUUUGGAAUAAUGAAUUUGUUGACCUGAAACUUCUUUUACCCAACUCAAAUGAAGAGCCCCUUUCAAUUAUGGUAAAAGCUGGUAAAAUUGAACUGCAGCAAACAUCAUCAAAUAAAAAUCCAAUAACAAUCCAUCAAUGGACAGAUGCAUUUUUGAUAUUUAGUACCAUAUAUCUACAGAAGUUCCCUCAGGAGGCAAGCAAUCUGUUGAAAUAUAUGUUUACUAUUCGUGACAUAAGCAAGCUCCAUGGUGAGCAAGCAUGGAGGACUUAUGAUGAGUCUUUUAGGAAAAUUAGGGAGACAUCCCUCUUACCAUGGGAAAAAGUAGUAACAGAGUUACGGUUAAAGGCAGCCUCUGUGGGAAUUAGGUCUCCUAACAAAUUGCAAGGGAGUAGUGGCAAACGACAGCCUUUUCGUCCCAAAUACUGCUUUGCGUAUAACAAAGGGCAAAAGUGUAACUCCCACCCAUGUAGAUUUUCCCAUACCUGCCAAGACUGCCAUGGUCCCCACCCCCGAGUUCAAUGUACAGGCAUACGGUCCAACUCAUCCUCCUCAAUUAGAAAUGGCAGUAGCCCUUCCAACUCCAGUAAACCCAGUACAACUCAAAAGUGAGUUAGAAGGUUAUGAAAAAGAAAAACUGAAUUUUCUAGUUUCAGGGUUCACAUUUGGUUUCCGUUUAGGGUGUGUCAAGACCCCUUCCAUUCACCCUCCUCAUAAUCACAAAUCAACCUAUGAACACCCAGAUAUUGUAGAUGACUAUAUUAAUGCAGGUUUAAGUAGGCAAAGAAUUUCAGGCCCAUUUACACAUCCACCCCUACCACUUUUUAAAACUUCUCCAUUGGGGGUUGUCCCUAAAUCUGAACCAAAUAAAUACCGAAUCAUUCAUGAUCUUUCUUUUCCAGCCCAGGAUUCAGUCAAUUCAAAUAUUCCUAAAGAAUGUUCUGAAGUUCAUUAUGAUUCAGUUGACACUGUUGUAGCACUGGUACGUCAGUUUGGUAAAGGUUCUCUUAUGGCUAAAUCAGAUAUUAAAGAUGCCUUUCGAAUUAUACCAGUACAUCCGUCUGAUUAUCAUCUUUUGGGUUUCACAUGGCAAGGUCAAUUUUAUUAUGAGCGUUGUCUGCCAAUGGGGGCAAGCAGUUCUUGUCAAAUAUUUGAGCAGUUAAGUACAGCUCUUCAAUGGGUAAUGUUAAACAAACUGAAGGCUUCAGGCAUGUCUCAUAUUUUGGAUGAUUUCUUUUUCAUUGGGCCUCCCAACUCACAGAAAUGCAAACAUGAUUUGAACAACUUUUUGUCGUUAUGUGGAAGAAUUAACAUUCCAAUGAAUAUGGAAAAAACUUUCGGGCCAGUGACAUGCAUUACUAUUUAUGGUAUUGAGGUAGAUUCCAUUGAUAUGGUGAGCCGCCUUCCACUUGACAAACUCGAGAAAUGUAGAAAUUUAGUGCGUCAGUUUAGAAACAGGAAGAAGGUUGCAUUACGGGAACUUCAAUCAUUAAUUGGAGUGUUAAACUUUGCAUGUUUGGUAGUGGUUCCUGGUAGGGCUUUUUUGCGUCGUUUAAUUGAUUUGACAAUAGGGAUUGUGAAACCUCAUUACCUUAUCCGUUUUAAUAAGGAGGUAAGAGCAGAUUUGGCAAUGUGGCUGCACUUCCUAGAAAAUUUUAAUGGAAAAUCAGUUCUUUUUCCAGAGGAAUGGGAAUCAUCAGAUAUCACCCGAUUAUUUACAGAUGCUUCUGGUUUAUUAGGGUUUGCUGCUGUGUUUGGAUGUAAAUGGUUUGCAGCUGAAUGGACAGAGUCUCUUUUUCCCAUGCAAAUUGCAGUGAAGGAGUUGUUUCCAAUUGUAUUAGCUCUAGAAAUUUGGGGGUCAGAAAUGGCAAAUAGAAAAAUUCUUUUUAUGUCAGACAAUAUGGCUGUGGUGGAGGUGAUAAAUAAACAGUCCAGUAAAGAGAAAAAUCUUAUGCAUCUUCUUCGCCGUUUGGUAUUGGUUUGUCUUUCAAAUAAUAUCUUCUUUAAAGCUAAGCAUAUUCCAGGCAAAUACAAUGUGGUAGCUGACAGUUUGUCACGUUUGCAAUUUCAGAAAGCACGGGAGGUAGCACCAUACUUAGAACAACAGGCAACUGUCAUUCCGGCACACCUAUUACAGAUUUGACCUCUUCAACUCGUUCAGUCCUUGUGGCAGCUUUAUCACCUCCUGCACGAUAUGCUUAUAGACAUUCUUGGCAACUUUUCCUCAAUUACAGAAAAGAUCCAGUAUCUCUACCAUUGCCUAUUACAGACAUUUGUAACUUCAUUGGUUUUCUUUUUGAGAAACAAUACAGUUCUAGCAGCAUUGCCUCACAUAUAUCGGCAUUAGGUUAUGUUCACAAAAUUACCAAUUUGCCAGAUCCAACUCAAACUUUUAUUGUGCGCAAACUACUGAAAGGUUGUCACAAGCUACUACCCGCUCAGGAUGCUAGAUUGCCAAUAACGAAAAAUAUCAUGCACAAAAUUUUGGCUGCACUAGUCUUUACUGUUCCACAAGCUUUAAAUCAGGUUCUUUUGCAAGCCCUUUUCCUUUUAUGUUUUAAUGCAUUUCUGCGUUUAGGGGAAGUUAUCUCAAAAACUCUAGCAGAUAAGGACAAAGUUCUGCAAAUACAAGACAUUACAUUCAGUGGAGAAAAAUGCAGUCCUUCAGCAGUUCAAAUUGUUCUUAGGCACCAUAAAUCUCAACAGAAAAAUGAGCCCAUCAUUAUAUCUAUUCAAGCCAACCCUAGUUCACAAUUUUGUCCAGUGCAUAAUCUUUAUAAGUAUAAAUCAUUAUUUCCACAUGUGUCAGGCCCCUUCUUCCAGUUUGUCAAUGGCACUCCAGUCACAUAUUCUUAAGUCAGUAGUGAACUUUCAAAAGCAAUAGCAUUUGCAGGUCUGGAUCCCAAACGUUAUAAGGGGCACAGUUUUCGAAUAGGUGCAGCAACGCAUGCUGCACAGUUAGGGUAUUCUGAGACUUUCAUUCAACAUUUAGGCAGAUGGAACUCGAAUGUUUUGCACAGAUAUAUUAGAAUUAAAUCUUUUCAGUUGUAAUAAAAUAUAGGAUUCCCUCCUCCCUCCCCCCUUUUUUCUAUAUCAGUCCAUCCCAGGGCAGGUCAGUGUCUAACUGCUGCUACUACUGGUUACGUGUAAAGUUUGCAGGUCAGUGUUUAACAGCUGCUAUUAAGUUCUUUGCAGGCCAGUGUUUAACUGCUGCUAUUGAGUUAGGUUGCAGGUCAGUGUGUAACUGCUGCUUAAAUUUUAUUUAAGAGAUAUUGCAAGUAUUAAGGAGGGAUGUCUCUCUCUUUUGAUCUCAGUACCUGGCUUAUAGGGUGUAUAUAUGUAGAUGUAGUUACAUUUCCACAGUACAGGUCAGUGUUUAACUGCUGUAUUGUUAAGUUGUUUUAAUUAUUUGUCAUUGCGAAAUGAUUCUUUUCAUUAUUUGUAUAUGUAAACUGUUAGGUGCAUGUUGACAAUCAUUUUCUUUUUGAAUUAAUAUAACCACUGCCUGCUGGUUACAUCCACCGGAUGACUUUCAAGUUUAUAUGUAUUUCAUAUGCACAAUCUUUCUGUGUAAAGCAAUUCUUGCAGAAACAGAUGCCAGGUCAGUGUUUAACUGCUGGUAUAGCUUAAUGUGCAUUUUCAUCAUGUAUAAACCAGGGAAAUAUUGUUUACAAUGUAAUUUUGUGCGCAACCUCACCUUGAAUGGCACAAUGCGAUUGCCAAUUAUGUUCGGCAAUCACAUUUGGUGGCAUAUUUAUUUUUGAUGUGCCAUCUUUUUGCUGUAUACUUACUGUUUUUUAUAUUUUUUGCAAAUAUUGUUUAUCGGUAAAUUUAGGGGAUCAGCAUAUUGAUAUGUAUUGUGUGAAUACCUUUUGGUCUGAUCCCCUAUCAUGUUUAUGUAUAUAUAUUUCUUAUUUUCGUCAUUUUUAAUAAAUGACAUAUUUCAUCUCAA